AUGUUCUGUUUCCACAUGGAUAUUCAAACCCUCUACUUCUUAUCCAGUGUCAUUGUUAUGUUCAUUGCACUCAAAAUAUUGACAAAGAAAUCUGCCUCAACUCCAAAUUUACCGCCAGGGCCAUGGAAGCUACCUAUAAUUGGGAACAUACACAACCUUGUUGGCUCACUUCCCCAUCGUAGACUGAGAGAUUUAUCAACAAAAUAUGGACCCUUGAUGCAUCUGAAGCUUGGAGAGGUUUCUACCAUUGUGGUUUCAUCCCCAGAGUAUGCUAAAGAAGUGUUAAAAACCCAUGAUCUCAUCUUUGCAUCAAGGCCUCCAAUACUAGCUUCAAAGAUAAUGUCUUAUGAUUCUAUGGGCAUAGCUUUUGCUCCUUAUGGUGGUUAUUGGAGACAGCUAAGGAAGAUUUGUGCAUUGGAGCUAUUAAGCUCAAAACGUGUCCAAUCUUUCCAGCCAAUAAGAGAGGAAGAGCUUACUAACUUCAUAAAAAACAUUGCUUCAAACGAAGGGUCACCCAUAAAUUUCACCCAAGAAGUGCUUGCAACAAUAUCUACAAUUGUUUCAAGGACAGCCCUUGGAAGAAAGUGUAGGGACCAUAAAAAGUUCAUAUCAGCUGUAACGGAAGCCACAAAGAUUGCUGGAGGUUUUGACUUGGGAGAUUUAUACCCUUCUGCUAAAUGGCUUCAGCACAUCUCAGGGUUGAAGCCUAGGCUUGAGAAGUAUCAUCAACAAACUGACAGGAUAAUGCAAAGCAUCCUCAAUGAGCAUAGAGAGGCUAAGUCGAGUGCUGCUCAAGGCCGUGGUGAAGAAGUGGAGGAUGAUCUUGUAGAUGUGCUCAUGAAGGAGGAGUUUGGCUUAAGUGACAAUAGUAUCAAGGCUGUGAUUAUGGUAAGAGUAUUUACAUCAUCCAUAAAUUUUAUUUGCAUAGAUAUCUAUGGAGGGGGAUCAGAGACAUCAUCCACUACCAUAACAUGGGCAAUGGCAGAGAUGAUAAAAGAUCCAAGAAUAAUGAAGAAGGUACAAGCUGAGGUAAGAGAGGUGUUUGGUAAGAAAGGACACCUUAAUGAAAGUGACAUGGAUAAUCUAAAAUAUUUGAAAUGUGUUGUGAAAGAGACAUUGAGACUGCACCCUCCUGGUCCCCUUCUACUUCCAAGAGAGUGUGGACAAGCUUGUGAAAUAAAAGGGUAUCACAUACCAACCAAAAGCAAGGUCAUUGUCAAUGCUUGGGCUAUUGGAAGAGAUCCAGAUCAUUGGCCUGAGGCUGAGAGGUUUUAUCCUGAGAGGUUCAUUGAAAGUGGUGUUGACUACAAAGGCAAUAAUUUUGAGUAUAUUCCAUUUGGUGCGGGAAGAAGAAUAUGCCCUGGCCUCACAUUUGGCUUGACCACUGUUGAGUUUCCUCUUGCAUUGUUGAUGUACCAUUUUGAUUGGAAAGUUCCCAAUGGAAUCAAGAAGGAAGAUUUGGAUAUGACUGAGGCUUUUGGAAUAUCAGUUGGUAGAAAACAUGAUUUGCUGCUAAUUCCUUUCACUUUCCAUCCAUGA